AUUUGGACACACUUUGUGUUUUGGUUGUGUAUCUGGUGGAUUACCAUCCCAUAUUUUUCUCUGUCUCCUCCACCCAUGGUUCCUCCUGUCCCACCCACCCCAGUUUCUAAUUGGAUUUCAUUACCAUUCCUUUUCAGUUUUUCCCAGCCAGACUCUCUGAACGGGAGGAACAGCUUCCAGUGGUUUUCUCUUCGACACACACACACAAGGGAACAUCAGCAGAAGCAGCAGCAGCUACUAAAUACUUCACUCCAUCAUCUGCUGUUGUGGAUGUAAGCGCUCAAUUCCAGUUAGAAGAGCUGCUGAUAGAUGACAAAAUCUUGCAUUUCUCAUUAUUGCGGCGGCACACAGCAAACAGCAGGUUUUCAUUACUAAACUUGCUGUUUGGCAGAUCCGUGACACUGCAAUGACCUCUCUUAGGCUGUUACCUUUGCUGCACUCCCUCCUCGUCCUCCAAGUCCAUCUUUCCAGCCAGUUAGAGGACAACAAGAUCCCUGCCAGCCUGUGCACUGGUCACCCUGGUACCCCCGGCUCUCCUGGAGUUCAUGGCAGUCCUGGUCAGCCGGGGAGAGAUGGGAGGGACGGAAGGGAUGCUGCUGCGGGGGAGAAAGGACAGAAAGGGGACAGGGGAGAAGCAGGUGAGACGGGAGUGCGAGGCCUGACCGGAGACAGCGGUGACCCUGGACAAAAGGGAGAGAGGGGGGAGCCAGGAGAGUGUGCUGUAGCUCCCAAAUCAGCAUUUAGUGCCAAAUUGUCUCAGGGCCACACUUUACCCCUUAAUGUGGGUGAUGCAGUCCACUUUGACACCAUCAUGCUCAACGAACAAGGCGACUACAACAAAGAGACCGGACGCUUCACCUGCAAAGUUCCGGGAGUUUACUACUUCGCCGUCCACGCCACAGUCUACCGUGCCAGCCUGCAGUUUGACCUGAUGAAGAACGGACACGUGGUGGCUUCUUAUUUUCAGUUUUAUGGCAACUGGCCCAAACCAGCGUCCCUGUCAGGCGGCUCCCUGCUUCACCUCGUCCCUGGUGACCAGGUGUGGGUCCAGAUGGCGCUCUCAGAGUACAAUGGAUUUUACUCCAGCACCAAGACAGACAGCACCUUCAGCGGCUUCCUGGUGUACUCAGACUGGAAAAACUCUGCUGUGUUUGCAUGACAAGUGCUUACGAACAAAGUCAUAUCCCACUGAGGGAAAUGAACCACAACUAUUUGAUUUUCUAAUUGAGAAGUUCUGGAUAAAGACGAGUGAAUCUGCUGCGACGUGCUAAAGCUGUACUUGUGCAAGGAAUAAUAAUAAAAAUACAGCAUAAAAUGUGAGGUGAAUAGCACAUAGCGUACUGGUGAAGUGUGAUGUACACACACUGAGCAGUGCAGUUUAUUCUGUUCCUCACUUGCAGCCUUUAAACGGCUGAGACAGUUAAUUCUUGUAACAGAUGUUGUGACAGCGGCCGGCCAGGCAGCUCCAGGCCACAAAUUCAAACAGCCUUUAUGCAACUAUUGCACUUUGUUUCCCAUCAGUAACUACACAGCUAACACACCACAUGAAUAAAUCUUUAGAUUUUUUUUAAACCA